CUCCUCACCGUCCGAUGCUUUGACCUUUUAAGCCGAUCAUAACUACUUUGACUUCAACGUUCCGGCGACCAUGGGUCACUGUUACAGCCGGAACAUUUCCACCGUCGAAGAUAACGACGGCGACAUCCCCGCCGGAGCCGCACACCUUCCGCAUCACACUGAUAACAACCACCGGACUUCAAUUCCCAAUUCUCCGGCUGCAUCCUCCUCUUCCGAUGUCAACCCUUACACCAUCAGCCCCUUUCAAAGCCCGUUACCGGCGGGAGUAGCUCCGUCUCCGGCGAGAACUCCGGGGAAAAAGUUCAAAUGGCCGUUCCCGCCUCCUUCACCUGCAAAACCGAUCAUGGCGGCUCUGAGACGGCGAAGAGGCACGGCUCCGCAGCCUCGCGACGGUCCGAUCCCUGAGGAGAGUGAGGAAGUCGAUGAUCACCACGGAAGAGGCGGCGGAAGCAGAGGCGGAGAUAGGUUAGAUAAGAACUUCGGGUUCUCGAAGAACUUUGAAGGGAAGUAUGAGCUGGGGAAAGAAGUUGGUCGAGGGCAUUUUGGUCAUACUUGUUGGGCUAAAGCCAAGAAAGGCAAGAUAAAAGGGCAAACCGUAGCUGUCAAGAUCAUUUCUAAAGCCAAGAUGAAAUCAACUCUAUCCAUAGAAGAUGUUCGUCGAGAGGUGAAACUGCUGAAAGCUCUGUCUGGACAUAGGCAUAUGGUUAAGUUCUACGAUGUGUUUGAGGACGCUGACAAUGUCUUUGUUGUUAUGGAGUUAUGUGAAGGUGGAGAGCUUUUGGAUAGAAUUUUGGCGAGAGGUGGUCGAUAUCCAGAAGCAGAUGCGAAGCGUAUCCUUGUUCAGAUUCUAUCUGCUACUGCUUUUUUCCAUCUUCAAGGUGUAGUGCACCGUGACCUGAAGCCAGAGAACUUUCUUUUUACCAGCAAAAAUGAGGAUGCAGUACUCAAGGUCAUAGACUUUGGUUUAUCUGACUUCUCCAGAUUCGAUCAGCGUCUAAACGAUGUGGUAGGAAGUGCAUUCUAUGUUGCACCUGAGGUACUCCACCGAAAUUACAGCACUGAAGCAGAUAUAUGGAGCAUCGGUGUCAUAUCUUACAUAUUACUCUGUGGGAGUAGACCCUUUCACGGACGAACCGAGUCUGCUAUUUUCCGCUGUGUGCUUAGAGCGAACCCUAACUUUGAAGAUUUGCCAUGGCCUUCCAUAUCGCCUAUUGCUAAAGACUUUGUGAAAAGGCUUCUGAACAAAGACCAUAGGAAAAGAAUGACAGCUGCUCAAGCUUUAGCUCAUCCGUGGCUUCGAGAUGAAAACCCUGGUUUGCUUCUUGAUUUCUCCAUCUACAAAUUGGUGAGGUCUUACAUCCGUGCUUCGCCUUUCAAAAGAGCAGCACUUAAGUCUCUAUCCAAAGCUAUACCAGAAGAGGAACUCGUGUUCCUUAAAGCACAGUUCAUGCUCCUGGAACCAGAGGAUGGAGCCUUGUAUCUUCACAAUUUCACUAAGGCAUUGACAAGAUAUGCUACAGAUGCUAUGAUCGAAUCUAGGCUUCCUGACAUUUUAAACUUGAUGCAACCCUUAGCACGUAGGAAACUUGAUUUUGAAGAGUUCUGUGCGGCUGCUGUUAGCGUUUAUCAACUAGAGGCUCUUGAAGAAUGGGAACAGAUCGCAACUAUAGCGUUUGACGACUUCGAACGUGAAGGAAGCCGAGCCAUAUCUGUCCAAGAACUAGCAGAGGAGAUGAGUUUGGGACCAAAUGCGCAUCCUUUGCUCAAGGAUUGGAUCCGGAGUUCGGAUGGAAAGCUGAGCUUCUUGGGAUAUGCCAAGUUUUUGCAUGGUGUGACUGUCCGAAGCUCGAGUUCGAGACCUACUAGGUGACUUCUAACUUUGCAAAAAUCAAACCUAAUCAUAUUGUCGUUUCAAGACAAAUCACACCAUGAAUUGGAAAGAAAGCUACCUGGAUCUUUUGUAUUGAUCAUUUUGUUUUCAUGAGGAAAAUUCUAAAAUCAAAAACCAAACAAACAAAAGAAGCAAGGGCAAGAAGCAAUGUAUUUUCUUGUAAUUUUCUUUCUAUUUAAUUUCCGGAUUGUAUAGAAGAACCAUGGAUGGGUUGUUGUUGUUCGGUUCAGGUUUUGUUCCUUGGUAAUGGAGGUGUAAUAAAUCAGCGGUUUAACUUUUAUGCUAUACACACAUUGUAAACUUAACUAAUAUCACUAUUCUU